AUGUCGCAGCCUAUCGCCCUGCUGUCCGUUUACGACAAGACCGGGCUGUUGGAGCUCGCUAAGGGCCUCGCUGAUGCCGGCGUCCGCCUGCUAGGAUCUGGAGGAACUGCAAAGAAGAUUAGGGAUGCUGGUCUGGCCAUUGAAGAUGUUUCCGACAUCACCAAGGCUCCUGAGAUGCUCGGAGGCCGAGUCAAGACGCUGCACCCUGCCGUCCACGGAGGCAUCCUUGCGCGAGAUAUCCCCUCCGAUCAACAAGAUCUCCAAGCCCAAUCAAUUUCUCCCAUCUCCAUCGUCGUCUGCAACCUCUACCCCUUCACCGAAACCAUCUCCAAGCCCAACUGCACACUCGCCGACGCCGUCGAAGAGGUUGACAUCGGAGGCGUCACCCUCCUCCGCGCCGCCGCCAAGAACCACGCUCGUGUCUCAGUCCUCUCCGAUCCCGCCGACUACCAGGAGUUCUUGGACGCUUGGAAAAACGGCAACGGCGAUGUGGGCCAAAACAUCAGGAGCAAACUGGCUUUGAAGGCGUUCGAGAUGACUGCCAAAUACGAUGACGCCAUCAGCGGUUAUUUCAGGGAGCAAUACGCUUCCUCGGACUUGCCCGAGGACAAGUUAGCUGCACCUGUCCAGAGGACACCUCUUCGAUACGGCGCUAACCCUCACCAAAAGCCUGCUCAGGCCUUCGUCACUGAAGGAAAGCUUCCUUUCAAGGCUCUCUGCGGCUCCCCGGGAUACAUCAACCUUCUCGAUGCUUUGAACUCGUAUGCCCUCGUCAAGGAGUUGCAGGAGGCCCUCAGCCUCCCCGCAGCCGCCUCCUUCAAGCACGUCUCCCCCGCCGGUGCUGCUGUCGGCAUCGAACUCAACGAGACCGAGAAGAAGGUCUAUGGCGUCGAUGACCUCAAGGAGCCCCUCACUCCUUUGGCUUCUGCCUACGCCCGCGCCCGAGGCGCUGACCGUAUGUCCUCGUUCGGCGACUUUGUUGCCCUCUCUGCUCCUUGCGACGUCGCCACCGCAAAGAUCAUCUCCCGCGAGGUCUCCGAUGGUAUCAUCGCGCCCGGAUACUCCCCUGAAGCCCUCGAGAUUUUGAGCAAGAAGAAGGGUGGCAAGUACUGUGUCUUGGAGAUCGACCCCACCUAUGAGCCCCCUGCUCUCGAGACCAAGCAGGUCUACGGCGUCUACCUCCAACAGAACAGGAACAACGCCAAGAUCGACAGCAAGCUGUUCGAAAACCUCGUCACUCAAAACAAAGAGCUCCCUUCGGAAGCCGUCACCGACUUGAUCGUGGCCACCCUCGCCCUCAAGUACACCCAAUCCAACAGCGUCGCCUACGCCUACCACGGCGCCAUCGUCGGUAUCGGCGCAGGCCAGCAAUCCCGCAUCCACUGCACCCGCCUCGCAGGCGGCAAAGCCGACCUCUGGUGGCUCCGCCACCACCCCCAAGUCCUCGCCCUCCCCUUCAAAAAGGGCGUCAAGCGCGCCGAAAAGGCCAACGCCAUCGACCUCUACGUCAGCGGCGAGGUUUUGGAGGGCGGUGAGAAGGCGCACUGGGAGAGCUUGUUCGAGGGACCCGUUGAGCCGUUGAGCGAGCAGACCAAGAAGGAGUGGGCUGCCAAGUUGGACGGCGUUUCGUGCUCGAGUGACGCGUUCUUCCCCUUCCCUGAUAACGUCCAUCGUGCCAGGAAGAGCGGUGUCAAGUACUUGGCUGCGCCUAGCGGAAGUGUUAUGGAUGCGGAGUGCAUCAAGGCUGCUGAUGAGCAUGGAAUGGUCUUUGCUCACACUUCCUUGAGGCUCUUCCAUCACUAAAAAGCGUUUGGGAGAUGGAUACUCUGUAGCUCAAAAGAAGAAUGUAACUUGCUGUAUUUUAUUGAAAUAAGUAUCUGUGGAUUGUUGGACCA